AUGCCCCAGAACAGCUUGCUGUCGCGCCGGUCUUCUGAGUUGCACAGGGCACCCAGAGGCAGCCAGGUAGGCGGAGAACUGCCUACAGUAGUAGACUAAUCGCUGUACGUAUUCAAUCAACUUCCGGCAAACGGGCAAGAGGAAAUUGCUUCGUUUGUUGUUCGAGUCCUACCCGAAGAUUCAAGAAGGAAAGCGGAAGUGAAUAAUAUGUGCACCCAUCCGCAAACGAAACUACGUAGUCUCGGGUUUGGGUGGGGGUAGCUAGGGGGGCUGGGGGUUGGCUGUGGGCGUGGGGUUUAGGAGGCAGUGCGGACAUGCGCGGGGGGAUACUGUAUUAUAGUGAUAUGGGUUGAUAAAGUUCUGCUGGAUUUAGUUGUUCUAUUCUUUCUUGGAGUCUCCCCGUGGUCCCCCUCGUUCGUUCGUCAUUCCGACAUCAGUUCGCAACACCUCCCACCUACCCGACCUAUCUACAGCGUCGCAAAAAACUUGGCUACUGCAGUUAGUCCUUGGGGGACUGUACAGUAAAGCACAUUCUGCACGGGUGGGCAAACAAUUGCGCGGUGGUGUUGUUGCUCUUCUUGUACACUGGU